AACAGGAAAUGCAACAAUGGAGGCGAGCAUGAAGCCCGUGGGUGUGUGACAGCAUGUCAACGACAAGCUCAAAUCCCCCAAUUUAAUAAAUCACGGUUUCUGAACGGAUAAUUAACUGUAACACGUGUGAAAUCGACAAAUGACUUCGUGGUCGGAGAAAAUGCUACAACUCCUGCGUCGAAUGAAUAACUUUCAUUUACCAGGUUCUAGUUUAGAGAGCUGUCUACGUUUUGAGGUGGCCGGAGAACAGGUUGGAUGGAUUUCCCCAAAAGUAGCAUCAACUCUUGGUCGUUUUCCUUCUGUCUUCAGACCUUAUGGGAGCUCUAUAACCUUCUGCUACAGUGUUGACACUUUUGAGAGCAGAUCAGUGGCUGUGGAUGAGGUCUUGCAGGAGCUGAGGAGAGAGGCAUCAUUCACCUGUCUUAUAGGCUGGAGAGAUGAGCAAUACGCUGUGAUGCCCAGGUAUUGCGAUCCUCCGCUGAUGUAUAUGGAGAGAGCAGCUACAAGUCUGUUCGGAGUGAAACGGUACGGCGUCCAUGUCAAUGGCUACACUCGGGAUUCAAGUGGCAAUCUUAAUAUGUGGCUGGCACGACGAUCUCUGACCAAACAGACGUAUCCAGGAAGACUGGACAACAUGGCGGCUGGAGGACUGGCAGCAGGCUGUAGUGUAAGGCAUACAUUGGUAAAAGAGUGUGGAGAGGAGGCCUGCAUCCCUCCAGGCCUGGCAGAGCAAGCGCGUCCCGUGGGAACUGUAAGCUACACCUACGAAGAUGACGAAGGAAUAUUUCCUGAGUGUCAGUUUGUCUUUGAUUUAGAGCUGCCACUGAAUUUUCAGCCUCAUAUUGGAGACGGAGAAGUGCAAGCAUUUUACUACUAUCCAAUCGAGAAGGUGAAAGAUCUCCUGGUCAGUGAGGAGUUUAAGCCAAACUGUGCCAUGGUGGUUCUGGACUUCCUCAUCAGACACGCCAUCAUUGAGCCAGACUCAGAGCCCUAUUAUCACGAAUUUGUGGCUGGAUUGCACAGAUCACUAUAAAGACUGACUGGUGACGUGCAACUGGUCAACUUGCAAAAGAUUGGUAUUUAUUUUAUCUACCUCUGCUUUUAACUCCCAACAUUGUCAGCAUGUGUACUCGUUUACUGAAGACCACAUCUAGCUGGUGAAGAAAUGAGGUAUUUUACGCAAACAUCAACUGGAGAAGAGACAAAAUAAAGACCCAAGAAAAAGUACCCUAUAAGAAUUUAUUUUUUUCAAUGCAUUUCAAACGAGUCUGUGGAAAUCCAAAGAUGCACUGGUAUACAAAAGAUAAUUGAUGCAUCAAAGGCUCUUUUUUUUUUCUUAGAAUGAAAUGCAGAAUCUCUUCUAAGAAAUGACUUGCAUUUAAUAAUAUGGCAUUAAACAGCUCUUUCAAAAUCACAUUUUGCUACGUUUUUCCUUCUUUAUUUCUUUUAAAACGUUUCAAUUCUAAGAUACUAGAAUUUGUAAAAUACGCAAAAAAGAUAUAGUAUAAGCCAGUAGAAUUUCACAAAAAAAAAUAUGAAAA